GCACACAGCCAUCCACCCUCCCCGUCCCUCUCUCCCCCGCUGUCCCGUCUCCCGAGGUCCUCAUCUCCGCCGCCAGCCAGAGGACAGCGACCGCCACCAUGAGUUCCUUCAGCUACGAGCCGUACUACUCGACCUCCUACAAGCGGCGCUACGUGGAGACGCCCCGGGUGCACAUCUCCAGCGUGCGCAGCGGCUACAGCACCGCGCGCUCUGCCUACUCCAGCUACUCGGCCCCCGUCUCGUCCUCGCUGUCCGUGCGCCGCAGCUACUCGUCCAGCUCCGGCUCCUUGAUGCCCAGUCUCGAAAAUCUCGACCUGAGCCAGGUAGCCGCCAUCAGCAACGACCUCAAGUCGAUCCGCACGCAGGAGAAGGCGCAGCUGCAAGACCUCAACGACCGCUUCGCCUGCUUCAUCGAGCGCGUGCACGAGCUGGAGCAGCAGAACAAGGUCCUGGAGGCCGAGCUGCUGGUGCUGCGCCAGAAGCACUCCGAGCCCUCCCGCUUCCGUGCGCUGUACGAGCAGGAGAUCCGCGACCUGCGCCUGGCGGCGGAAGACGCCACCAACGAGAAGCAGGCGCUCCAGGGCGAGCGUGAAGGGCUGGAGGAGACACUACGCAACCUGCAGGCGCGCUACGAAGAGGAGGUGCUGAGCCGCGAGGACGCCGAGGGCCGGUUGAUGGAAGCGCGCAAAGGAGCCGAUGAGGCAGCUCUUGCGCGCGCCGAGCUCGAAAAGCGCAUCGACAGCCUGAUGGACGAGAUCGCCUUUCUGAAGAAAGUGCACGAAGAGGAGAUAGCCGAGCUGCAGGCGCAAAUUCAGUACGCGCAGAUCUCCGUGGAGAUGGACGUGUCCUCCAAGCCCGACCUCUCCGCGGCGCUCAAGGACAUCCGCGCCCAGUACGAGAAGCUGGCGGCUAAGAACAUGCAGAACGCCGAGGAGUGGUUCAAGAGCCGCUUCACGGUGCUGACCGAAAGCGCCGCCAAGAACACAGACGCUGUGCGAGCCGCCAAGGACGAGGUGUCCGAGAGCCGCCGCCUGCUCAAGGCCAAGACGCUGGAGAUUGAAGCGUGCAGGGGCAUGAACGAGGCGCUGGAGAAGCAGCUGCAGGAGCUGGAGGACAAACAGAACGCCGACAUCAGCGCUAUGCAGGACACAAUCAACAAAUUAGAAAAUGAACUGAGAACCACAAAGAGUGAAAUGGCUCGAUACCUAAAAGAAUACCAAGACCUGCUCAAUGUGAAGAUGGCUUUGGAUAUUGAAAUUGCAGCUUACAGGAAACUCUUGGAAGGCGAGGAGACCAGGCUCAGCUUCACCAGCGUGGGAAGCAUAGCCAGCAGCUACUCCCAGAGCUCCCAGAUGUUCGGCAGAUCUGCUUAUGGAGGUUUACAGACCAGCUCCUACUUGAUGUCCGCCCGCUCCUUCCCCUCCUAUUACACCAGCCAUGUUCAGGAGGAGCAGAUAGAAGUGGAGGAGACCAUUGAGGCUGCGAAGGCCGAGGAAGCCAAGGACGAACCCCCCUCUGAAGGAGAAGCUGAAGAAGAGGAGAAGGAGAAAGAAGAAGCCGAGGAGGAGGAGGGAGCUGAAGAGGAAGAAGCCAAGGAAGAGUCAGAAGAUGCAAAGGAGGAAGAAGAAGGAGGUGAAGGUGAAGAAGGAGAAGAAACCAAAGAAGCUGAAGAAGAUGAGAAAAAAGAUGAAGGUGCUGGGGAGGAGCAAGCAACAAAGAAGAAAGAUUGAACCCCCCUUUCCUUAAUUAUUCCAGGAAUAAUUCUCCCAAAAUCAGGUCAACCCAUCACCAACCAACCAGUUGAGUUCCAGAUACUAUAUGAAUUAAGAAGUCAAUAUAUGUAUAAUGCUGAGAUGACUUAGGUUGGACAUUCAAUGUUGUGCUAUGACUUUUCUCCUUAUGCAGAGUACUUGUUUGCUUGCAGAGUGGCUUCCUGGCUUGCUGCCAGCCUGUGCAUGGUCCAUGCUUAUGAGUUCAGGAUCUAUGGCAAUGUGAAUCAUUCAGAUGUUUACAAUAAAAAAACCACAUGAAUAAAUGAAUUCACUAAUGUUACUGUUAAACUUUAUGGGAAAAUAGUUCUCUGAACCUUUGAUGGUUAGAAAUUCAAGACCUCGAAUUAUGUGCAAUAAAUAGUAAAUAAAGUUACACUGAAUGACAUUUCUUGCUGUGGUUAUUGAAUUAAUUAAAAUAUAGUAAAUAAGGCAUCAAUAUAAGUCAAGUGGAUAAUUGUCUUCCAAAUGUUAAGUUAAAAUUUUAAUAAUUACAAUGCAUUUUCUCCUUUAAUUGGUAACACUGAGGGAUACAAUUAUGACCAUUCAGAAAUCUCUCCCUUCAAAAAUUUUACUUAUAAUAAACUUCAGUAAAUGAGAGUCAUUGGGGGUUCUUCUUUAAUGAAGAACAAUACACUUCACCCCAUAAAUAUACUUCUUUUCUAAAUAAUAAUACAUUUUGCUCUACCCUAAGGUGGAGGAAGGGCUUCUUGGGUACUGUUCAUUUGAAUUUAUCUGAUAAAUAUACCUUUUUAUAGUAAACAAGUCCUCUUAAUACUAGUAUACAGUAAUAAACAUAAUAUGAACAUGAAUUCCAUCCAUUAUAUCCACAUUUUAGUAAAAUCUAAAUAUGAGAAGUUGAACUCCCAGCAAAUUACAUAAUCAGAGGGAAUGAUUUUCUAUUAAUUUAUAGUUUUGGAUAGAAUAAGGACAUCAAAGAUUAUUUGCCAUUGGAAAUGUGUUGCCUAUAAUCCUGAGCUCAUGAUUUGGUGUGUUGUUAGCUUAAGUAUGUUGCCUCUAAAUAACAUUAAAUGUCAUCUAUUUUAAACCUGUUUAAAAUUACAGAUACAGAUAAUGAGAUUGUUAUCAGCCAUAAAAGGUGGAGAUUAUAUAACUGUGUGUUACAUUGCCAUUGUUCUGCAUGACUUUAUGGGAAAUACUUGGAUUUCACUGAUAGCUCUAACUGGUUGGACAUUGCAUCGAACAUACACAUCUGUCCUCCCUGCCAACUGCAAUGUUAUGAAAGCUCUUGUACUUGAUGUGGAAUGUAGAUGGAAUUACGUGCUGUUCUGCUUCUGUUCUUGGGCAAUUGCUUUGUCAAUGAAUUUUGUUCACUAAUUUGUUCUUUAGACAACUUCUAAAAGUUCCAAAGUUAACCAGAAAGCAGUCUCCAUUUAAAAUCUGAUUACUAAACACUACCUAUUUCUAGUUAAAUAUUUGUGAUUGCACAAAUAGGAAAAAUAUUUCUUUGUCUACCACGAUGGCAUGGAUUUGCAUUGUGAAGAUUCUAAGUAUGUUGGCUUCUGUAAAGACUAAGUCACCUCAGAAACCAAGCUUUUCACAUUUAUAUUAAGCACUGGCUGCUGCACAUGUCAGACCUCUAACAGGUGCAAAUUACACACAAAAAAGGAACAGGUCAAAUGGAAACAGCUGGCUGGGUUGAGAAUUACUUGAAGUCAGAACUCUGUACCAUAUACUCUAUCCUGUGUGCCAUAAUAAAAUACUGAA